AGCAUUUGAUUGGACAGAAAAUCUGAUGAGCCGCUAAAGUGCAAAAUGAUAUCAUUAACACUGUUGAUCCGUCUCGGUGGUAGAGAUAGAGCGUAAAUUUUGAACGCGUGCAUCUUCUAAAUGUGAAUUUUGUCGUUGUUAUAAAGCGGACUAACUUAUAGAUAACCUUAAGCGCGGCCCCGCGUCACCGCCGUCACGCGCAUGCACCAAACGCGCGGAAAUUCAAAAGUUCUUCCUUCAGUUUGAACGAAGCGCGUUCACGAGAAGCGGCUGUGUGUUAGUUCAGUCCUGUCACUGAGUAAGAGGAUGGAAAAGCAGACGGAGAAAACCCCAAAGAGGCAGAGAGACCCGCUGGAGGAGAACACCUCAACUUCUAUUGAGCUUGAGGGGGAAUUAAAGAGAAGGCGCUUGGCUGCAGGAGGAGUAGAGAAUCAUAACCCUGAGCAGCGAGCAGUGAGGUCUCCGGCCCGAUCACGGCGCGUAGAGUCGGAGGUGAAACCGGACACGCCCGCCGUUGCGUCAGUCCGACUAAGAGUUCAGCAACUUGCUCAGAGACGGGAUGGUGGGGCUGCACUGGUCCAGCGCUGUAUGUCAGACCCCGGGACAGAGAGUCCUUCCAGCACUUUACUGCGAGAUGUUUGUCACAUCGGUGAAGGAGAGUUUAGCUCUCGGUUGGAGCGCUUUAAAGCCCUGACCCCAGAGAGCAUCCCCGCCCCGGCCACGCCCAGCACACGCCAGCUCUCCAGCUUUGUCCACAACAUGCAGCAGCAGCUCAACACCGUCAUGACCCCCAGCUCCAAGGAGGCUUCCCGCAUACGCCAGGCUCGAGAGGAUGAGCUGAAGUCACUCAGGGUGCAGCCUCUCACAGAGAACAUGUGGCUCAAGAGGAGCUUCUCUGACCCUUCACUGGCUGAGAGGGUUGCGUCUCCAAGCAGCUCUUGUGUUUGCCAGAGGACCCGAAAAGUUCCCUGGCCUCCGUUACAGUUUGACAAUGACGACUCCAACAUCAAUUUAAAAGAAUCCGAAUGCAGUUUAAACUUCAGUGGAGUGAACGAGAUGACGGGAGACAGUUUCAGUGCCACGUCUACCUUCACUGCGGAGAUACAACCUCCUGCUACAGCACUCUGUCCUUCAGAAUCGCUUCCUCAUGAGGGAAUGAGCACUUCUGCCUUAAUCGACACGAUGUUUGAAGACGUCUUGCAGGCCGCUGACAGAGAAGAGGAAGAAGAGGAGGAAGAGCAAGAGGAGGAAGAAGAGAAAGAGGAGGAAGAGCAAGAGAAUGACAGCCGUGUCUCUGACGGCAGAGAGGAAGCCGACAUGGAGACUGCUGAAACUGAGCCGAGGUCGAGAUCUCCGAAUUCUAUCCUCGGAGGAGAUGAAGAAGCUUGUGACGGAGAACAGAAAGAGUGCGAGAACCGGAACAAAGAAGAGGAAGUAGCUGGAGAGAGAGAGGAGAGCGCAGUGAGUAACGAGGAAGACUUCCUGUCUCUCCCGCCGAGCUGCAUCCUCUCUCCUCUCAGCAAGUUUGUGGAGGCCGUCGUCACGCCGAUGAGGUUGACGACCACUGCGCCUCCACCCAUGGUGCUGUGCGAUCCUGCAGAGGAAGUGGCCACGCCCCCUGCUCCACCUCUGUACAGUAUUGAUGCGUACCGCUCUCAGAGAAAGAACCCUCCUCCGUCCUCUCAGAGUGUAACUCCUGGAGUUCAGAAACAGUGUGCUGAGAAAUCUCACCUCAAACCAGCCGUCAACACCAAGGAGACUAUAAAGGCUUUCAGUGACGAGGCAUCCGUGCUGCAGACCGUUAUUAACCAGACCAUACAGGCCCUGAGCUGCUGCAGUGAUGAAGAACAUGGCAAAGGAUCUCUGCAGGAGGCAGAAGCUGAGAAGCUCCUGCUUGUUUCCUGUGAGAAGCGUGCGGCCCUGCUGGCCGAGAUCGGGCGACUGAGAGAGGGAGGAGCAGGACGAGAGCCAGAGUCCCGCGCUGACCGUCUGCAGCCGUGUAGAGGCACCGUCAGCAUCAACAACAUCCAGCUGCCCCUCAAGGUGGAGUUUUUGUGCUCCGCCCACACAGCUCGUCCUACUCACUACUUUUUCAUCCUGAUCCGUUACGGAGCGUGUAACAUCAUAGCCACGCCGCUGGCUACUGCUGCAGAUGCUGAGAACGGAGACACCAUCACCUUUCCCACCUCCAUCACACUGCAGGACAUCCGCUCUAACUUUGAGAUUGAUGUAGAAGUCUACAGCCUGUCCAACAGCGCCGCUAACAGCAGCAGUGCUAGUGUUCAACAGCACCGCACGUCCACCAGAUCAAAAGCAACACCAAGGAAGCUACUCAGCAGCAUUAAGAAAUCCAACCUGUGUUCCACUUCUGGAUCUUCAUCUGCUCUGGAUCCUCGGCGCUCCAGUAACUUCUGUUUAGUGGGUUCUCACAAGAUCACCCUCUCCUCCUUGGGGCAGAGCAAGUUCCCGCUGGACAAGAUGAAGUUUGAGGGCAAAAUCAGGCGACUCCUGGGAGAUGAGUUUCAGGAAAAGGUGCCCUUCCUGUCUCCCCUGGAGGGUCACGUCUACCUGCGUCUACACAGCGAGAGUCACUCCGACGUACAGCACCAAGGAUUUCUGACCAUGUUUGAGGAUGUGAGUGGAUUUGGAGCGUGGCAGCGCCUCUUCUUUAAGCUAGAAGGAGGUGUUCUCUACUACUGGAACUACCCCAAUGAGAUGGGCAGCAAGCCAGCAGAGGGCAGCAUCUCUCUGUGUGGCUUUGACAGUGUGAGGCCUGUGGAGAGGGACUCCUGCGCUCGGCCUCACACCUUUGAACUGGUGAACUCUAGGACCCUGCAACAAGACCACAGCCGCACCCUGACCAAGAGCUGGUUCUCAGCAGACACUCGCGAGGAACGAGCAGACUGGAUGGAGAAGCUGAACCAGGUGCUGCUGGACCUCCACACGUGGAGCCGACGAGCUGCUGGAGGAGAGAGCGAUCAAGCCAAUACCUCGUCUAUCACGUCGACGUCACGUGAAAGCAUCCUGUAACACGUUAUUGAUGCACACACUGACACCAGAUACAUCUGUGAAAGCAAACGCGAAGGUAAUUUUCACACAGUGUGAAGGUUAAAACACACUGAGUCUGACAGACCGAGCACAGCUUAGAGCUGUGUGUGUGUGUGUGUGUGUGUGUGUGUGUGUGUGUGUGUGUGUGUGUGUAUAAUUAUACAUGUUUUAAACGUCACAGUAUAACAGUAAUAUCACCACACUGAUUCACACUACAAAGCUCCAGGAUAAUUGACCUUUACCCUAUAUUCUGGAUGAAAUCAGGUUUUUUCUCUCUCUCUCUCUCUCUCUCUCUCUCUCUCUCUCUCUCUCUCUCUCUCUCUCUCUCUCUCUCUCGUUCUCUCUCUCUCUCUCUCUCUCUCUCUCUCUCUCUCGUUCUCUUUCUCUCUCUCUGAUCAGUCUUGGUGGAGGACCAUGUUCUCAGGUUUAAUGAAGAAAAAUGUUAAGUACAUUAACGGUAUUGUGGGUCGUUUUCGCACCGUGUAGGUGUUUAUUAUCGGCUUUAUUUCGCGUAAGAUGGGAGACGUCUAAUCUUCCAAUCUUUACUAAAUCCUAUUAUUUCAUGAGAUUAUUCCAAUUCUUUAUUUUAUUUCCUUUCGUAACACAUCGUCACUGAUUACAGAUGGUAUUUAUCAGUGUUUAGAUUGUAUUAUGAUUUUUUUUUUCUUUCUUCAUACGCCUUAUAUUCUGUACUUAUAGCCCAUGUUCAUGAGACACGCUAACAUGGAGGGAGAGAUGAAGCCAUCACGACACUACAGAUUAAAGAUUAAUUACAUUAAUGAUGGCUGUGGUGUUUGUGGAUUGUUGAGCUGCGGCUUGUUUUUGGAUUAAAAACUGAAUGAUAUAAAUUAUAUACUGGACUAUUAAUUAUCACGCAGUAUAGACGAGUGUAUUGUUUUCUUGUGUUUCCUGUUUCUGUAUGUUAUUUCCUCCUGUCCACUGACUGUAUGUAAUACUCUGCUCCAGCUACUACAGAAUAAAUACGGCUGUGAAGACCUA